AUGGUUGCCUUAGCCAUUCUUCACAACGUUGCAUCCACCUUCGUGGAUGUUCUCCAAAGGACCCCGGCCUUGGCGGAUAUCGAAGGUUUUGACAGGAUUGAAUUGGUGCUAAUAGGCGGCGUCGCUGACGUGGACUUCGCCAUAUAUCCGCCGACGCUCGGCCCUCCUGUGAAAUGCGCGCUCCUGGAGGCACACCCAGGCCUCUUUCACACCAUCGGCGACCAAUUUCUGUUGAGAACGGGGCAAAACAGUGUCCAAAUUGAUAUGGUUCCCGUCGAUGCCCUGUCCUUCCGGCCAUCCUCCCUCAGCCCGCUAAGCGCCAUGAACCCACAACUCAUUCCACAUCUGUCCGCCACAGAUUUGAUAAUUUCCAAGGCCAUCUGUUGCGGGGGCAGAGGGAGCUGGAGGAAGAACGCUCAAGACGCAAAUGACGUUUGGGAGGUGAUUGGCAGGAGUCCGGUGAUUGCCCCGGGGGUUCUAUCGCCGAAUCAAUGCGCAAUGCUUCGCGCCCAGUGCGUCGAUCUCAUACGGUAUGCCCCCAAGCAUGCUUGGGCCGACGUUCUCCCCUAA